AGAUAUUCCCUGCUGUAAAGGUGCAUUUUCCUACAUUGCUGCUGUUUGCCCUCUGCUGCGUGGGGGGAAAAAAACAGCGAUCGCAGUGAAAAUGUGAAAAAUCGUGGUCUCAACAAUCCAUCUGAAUACCUGCCUUGAAAAUCCUCAGCCUCUGUCAUGAAGAGGAUUUUUUAAAAAAGCAUAACCGGAGAAGAGAGGGCUGCCUACUUGGACUUAUUUAAAUAUGCACAGAGCUUCCUCCAUUUUAAUCUUCCUUAUAAAAAGAUGGCUGUGUUACUAAAGCUGGCAGCCCCUCAGAAACCAGCAUCAUUUUUUUGUCAGCUGGUUCAGCUGAGCAAGGCUAAUGUGGAGUGGGGACCCCCUUCAGCCAACUAAGCAACCAGGACGAUUCAUAAUUCAUAAGUGCUCAAAGCCAUCUCGCUGAAUACAUUUGGAUUAGUUCUUGUUUCUUCGUGCAAUCCCUGAUUUCAUUAUUCUCUCCUGCUAGCAAAUACACCCACGUUCAGCCCUCUGCAAAGAUGCUGUGCCAAGGCUGGCUUUGUCUGGGAUUAGCGACUGCCGGGCUUUUGGGGAUCUCUGGGCUUGAUGAAUGCUGAUUUUUUUUUUUACUGACUGGGAAACCGGGGUGUCCUUGUGCUUGUGGAGCUCUCCUGUCUUGCCGGCGAUUUCUGCAUAAGGAUCUGUGGACUGUGGUGUGGAGUUUUCCAAAAUGCCUGAAGCAAACUAUUUGUUAUCUGUAUCUUGGGGUUAUAUUAAGUUCAAGAGAAUGCUGAACCGCGAGCUGACACACCUCUCCGAGAUGAGCCGCUCCGGCAACCAGGUGUCUGAGUACAUUUCCAACACUUUCCUGGACAAGCAGAAUGAUGUGGAGAUUCCUUCUCCCACACAGAAAGACAGAGAGAAGAAGAAAAAACAGCAGCUCAUGACACAGAUCAGUGGAGUGAAAAAAUUAAUGCAUAGUUCAAGCUUAAAUAAUACCAGCAUUUCACGAUUUGGUGUGAAAACAGAAAAGGAAGACCAUCUGGCCAAGGAACUGGAAGAUCUGAAUAAAUGGGGUCUCAACAUAUUUAAUGUUGCCAGGUACUCCCACAACAGGCCGCUCACCUGCAUCAUGUAUGCUAUAUUCCAGGAGCGAGACCUACUAAAAACAUUCAAGAUCUCGUCAGACACCUUUGUAACGUACAUGAUGACUCUAGAAGACCACUACCAUUCGGAUGUAGCUUACCACAACAGCCUGCAUGCUGCCGAUGUUGCCCAGUCCACCCAUGUUCUUCUCUCCACCCCUGCACUGGACGCUGUCUUCACUGAUUUGGAAAUCCUUGCUGCAAUUUUUGCAGCUGCAAUUCAUGAUGUGGAUCACCCUGGUGUCUCCAAUCAGUUUCUUAUUAAUACAAAUUCUGAACUAGCCCUGAUGUACAACGACGAAUCCGUCUUGGAGAACCACCAUCUUGCUGUGGGUUUCAAACUGCUUCAAGAAGAGCACUGUGACAUCUUCCAGAACCUGACCAAGAAACAGCGUCAGACUCUCAGGAAGAUGGUGAUUGACAUGGUAUUGGCAACAGAUAUGUCCAAGCAUAUGAGUCUGUUAGCUGAUCUGAAGACCAUGGUGGAAACCAAGAAGGUGACCAGUUCAGGAGUCCUCCUUCUGGAUAACUACACAGAUAGAAUCCAGGUUCUCCGAAAUAUGGUACAUUGUGCAGACUUGAGUAAUCCCACAAAGUCUCUGGAGUUGUACCGGCAGUGGACAGACAGAAUCAUGGAGGAGUUCUUCCAGCAGGGAGACAAAGAACGAGAAAGAGGAAUGGAAAUCAGUCCAAUGUGUGACAAACAUACAGCGUCAGUGGAAAAAUCACAGGUCGGGUUCAUCGACUACAUCGUCCAUCCGCUGUGGGAGACGUGGGCUGACCUGGUGCAGCCCGACGCCCAGGACAUCCUGGACACGCUGGAGGACAACAGGAACUGGUACCAGAGCAUGAUACCUCAGAGCCCCUCUCCUCCGCUGGAGGAGCGGAGCAGGGACUGCCAGGGCCUGAUGGAGAAGUUCCAGUUUGAACUGACCCUCGAGGAGGAGGAUUCGGACGGACCUGAGAAGGAAGGAGAGGGCAUCGGCUACUUCAGCAAUACAAAGACACUCUGCAUGGACGACCCAGGGGAGAAAGAUUCACAGAGGGAGGCCAACAUCGAAAUUGUGACAGAAGACACGUCUCCUGUUGACACAUAAUGUCCUGUACCUGUGUAAGUGGAUUUUAAACACUUAACGAGCAUGCGAGCAGUCUCAUGGGACUCGCCUGCAGCCUGGGUCUUGGGCCUGUGUCUAACAUUGGCUAAAAGUUCUCCCCAGCUACUUGAGAUUGGAGUCAGGGUUGGAGAUCGCGUAGUGAAUGAUUGCUCAGGAAAUUGCCAGAUGAUUUACAUUGUGGUUUAAGCCUUGUCAGCUAAAAGCAUCGUGUUGUCCUGGAGCUGGCUUGAAUCGUAACUGAACAGUAAAUGACACACAACUGAGAGAUUUUAUACUGUUAGUUUUGGAAUUUAUACCAGUUAGACUGAUAGAAACUACUGAUUAAUAACUCUACGUAUAAAACCUGUCCACCUGACCACCUGUCCGCAGACCUGUGUGCCUUCUUUGUAAACACUUUCAUGUCUUUUCAAGAGUCUAUUAAAUACACGGAGUUUAGUAUAAAGAGCAACACAAAGUGUUUCAAAAUUGGUGGGAUACUUUUUUGAUUCUUCCUGUUACAAGAAGCAGUCUUCCUUUUUUCAUGGGCAAUACCUGUCACUUUAUUGCAGUUAAUCACUUUUACAGACGAAAUAGAAGGGACUCCCUCUGUUUUGCAGUGCUGCACCUUUAGUAGCCUUCUUACUCCUCCCGACGACCCACGUAGAGUCACUUCAUGCCAUCGUGCACCCUCUCCGUUGGCUUGCUAGAAAUAACGGUAUUUUUUCCUCAACUGGGCUUUCCUUUCGUUGUGCACAGGACAAAGGGUAGUUUGUUUUCACGGCACCGUGCAGUACCUGUACCAGUGUGCGUGGUAAGGCAGUGUGUGACGCGCUCCCCCUCGGCAGCUCCUUGGCUCAGUGGAAGUUGCACGCUCAGAUGUUUGUGUUCCUCUCGCCUGUUGUUCACGUUCCUAGGUUUAGGCCCACCGUCCUCCUCCCGCACUGCCUCGAGCUCUAACACCUCCAUUACUGUUUAUAACAGUGUAUUUAUUACGUAAUGUAUAUACUGUAAUGUUUUGUAAGUUAUUAAUUUAUAUGAAUUAACAUUGCCUGUCGGCGGCGAUGUUAAUUGUGUAGAAAACUCGGAAUAAGAGUUGCCUUUUUUUCUUGUAACCUUUUGUAUUGCAUAAAAUACGAGAACCUGAACAUAGCUGAAGAGACAUACGCAACCCAGGAAGGGCAUUCGGGUGGCAGCCGCCCGCGGGCUUCGUCCUCGCGGCGAGCGGGGGCGAGCCGGGCCCCAGGGGAGGGGAACUGGGGGGGGGUCGUGGGCGCCGAAAGGCUGGAAGGGGAGAAGGAAAAGGAAUCCCCCCGCCAGCGGGCCGGCUUUUAAAUGUCACGUUCCGAUUUCUGAACAACCCAAUGUGAAUUUCUAUGACAAAAAUGUGAACUGAUGUAAUAAUUGUGCUGUGAAACUUCUUCUGACAAAGCUUGUUAGGCAUCGUGAGCGGUGUCAAUCUCAGUUUGUAAAAUAUGUUUCAAGCUUUUGGUCCAGCUUGUGACUAACUAGUUAAUGAAAAUAGCACAGUUGUGCAUGAGCAAUGGGUUUGUAUGUCUGUUGAACACUGCAUUGUUCCAGGUGGUUAUUUUAUUGUUUUCAAAAGUUUCACACAAUGUAUGUUAUAGUAUUAUAUAUUGUGUUCAGAUGCAUUCUUAAGAGAUUUUUAUAUGAAGUGAAUAAAUGAAAGCAUGACCCUGC